ACCUAAUUUUUCCUCUCCAAGAGAAUUGUUUGGUAUGGGAAAAUAUGCUGAAGAUAGUUGGCGAUUGUUUUGUGGUGAAAAGGAUGAUGCCUGGAUGAAAGGAUCUGGCUUUGAGCCUGAAGAUAAAGUAUUAAGAAUAUAUAUAGAAUGGCGUAGACAACAACAUGAACUCGUUAAUGGUGCAUCUGUUGAUGGGCAUUCACCCAUCUCAGCUAAUGGUAUUGAUCGCGGUUAA